UUGACUUCUUGCCGAGGAGGAGUGCACACAAGCACGCAUCUCUCGCGCGCGCGCACCAACCACUCCAGUCACGACAAUCGAUUCCGUGCGCGCGGUGGAACUGAUGGAGAAACCCAUGCCCGACCUCUGAAUUUUCGCCUCCGCGAUCUCUCUUGUUUCGUCGCUGAAUCCCCGCGCGCGCGCGAACCCAUCUCCAUCUCCAUCUCCAUCUCCCUCUCGUCGAUGGUGGUUUCGCCGGGGAGUUGAAAGGAAGAUCCUUUUUCGUGUUCUUUUCCCCCCAGUAGAUGACUCGCUGCGCCGACGGGGAAUGAUGGACGACUCUCUCUCUAGCUUCCUGUGCCAGGAGAGCGAGGCCUGCUUGGACGAUGGUGGGCCCGUGGAGGAAGACGAGGAGGCGUUCAUUGACCCCAGCGAUCGUGACGACGGCUCCGGCGACUGUUGUUUGGACGAUGAGGAGUACCUGCAAAUGCUGUUCGAUAGGGAGACCGGUUCUGGGUUCAAGAGGGACGAGGGUGUUGAUCCGGGGAAGCGGGUUUGGCCGGCUCGCUUCGAGGCGGUCUCGUGGAUUCUCAAAACUAGAGAAGCGUUUGGAUUUCGCUUCCAGACGGCGUAUCUGGCCAUGACGUACUUCGAUCGGUUCCUUUCUAGGCGGUGUAUCGAUAGUGAGAAAUCAUGGGCAAUUAGAUUGCUGUCCGUGGCAUGCCUCUCUCUGGCCGCGAAGAUGGAGGAGCUGAGUGUUCCGCUGCUGUCGGAGUACGAGACAGAGGAUUACUACUUCCAAAGCAAGGUGAUUCAGAGGAUGGAGCUUCUGGUGCUGAACACAUUGGAGUGGAGGAUGGGCUCGAUCACGCCUUUCGCGUACCUACAUCACUUCGUGGCAAGAUUUCCCAAGGAGCUUCCACAGAGCACGGUCGCGUCCAAAAGUGUCAAUCUCAUCUUGGGCAUCAUGAAAGAGAUCAACCUGGUUGAUCACAGGCCAUCUUCUAUAGCAGCCGCCGCCACAUUGGCUGCGUUAGACGAUUCAUUAACAAGAAAUGCACUGGAGUGUAAAAUAAGCGGCAACUAUUCUUUCCAUCAAAGCCUGGACAUUGAUGCUGUGUUCUCAUGUUACAUUCAAAUGAGGAGUUUGGACAAGGAGAUGCUUCCAAUGGCCAAGUCUUUGUCCUGGCCAGAGCUAACCACCAGCCAUUUGAGGCCACUAGACUUUUCUGAGAUUUCUUCUGUUACUACUGCUAUUAGCACCAAAAGGAGAAAGUCUCCAUCCAAUGAUCACGAUCAAGCUCCUGGUGCUCCGGAUGAUAAGCGGCGCUGCUAACGAAUCGAAACCUUCGAGAGAGACGGGAGGAACUCGGAGUUGAUCAACGGUCAUCUCAGACGACACAUCAAAAAAAGAAUAACGAGAAUAGAAUAUAAUUUAGAAAGCAUAAAGGGAGCAUCAAAAGCAAGCUUUGGGGCUUCAUCCGAAAGCUGAUUUUUUUCAUUUUAAGGGAAAGCCACACACAACAUUGGGGGAAAAAGGUCCAGAAUCUCCAGAUAGAGGGGGUCUUGAAAGCUGCUUCUGAGUGGGGUCAAUGCCUAAUUUCGCUCGGGUCACCUUCAUUGAUUUUGAUUUUUUUGAUGAUGUUUUUGCUUUCUCUUUAUUCUGGCCUGACCUUUCCUGAAUUCUUAUUUAUUUGUUUAUUUAUUUAUUUUGGGGUCCUUAGAAUAAGAUGUCUAGAACAAGCAACCCUGGCUUUUGAUUUGGGAUUUGCUUUGUUGUUUGCUGCCCGUGUUUUUAGGUUUGAUUUGAUGCAUCGAGUGUUGGAAGUUGGCCAACCAGCCAAAGAAAAGAGGGGAGAGAGAGAGAGAGAGAGAGAGAGGUGUAAGGAAAGAAAAGGGGAAGUGAAUGUGAUUGGGUUUGUUUGAAUGUUUUGGGGAUACCUUUCAACUGUAGGGGCCCUUUGUCCUCUUCCUGCGGAACUUGCCUGUUUUCAGGGGAUCAUGGUUCAUCAAAGUCAUUGUUUGUUGAUUUGAAGGGUACUUCC